AUGUCUGAAUAUCUGCCUCGAGACAUCGUGAUGAAGAUCCUCUCCCGUCUUCCUCCGAAGUCUCUCAUCAAAUUCCGCUGCGUUUCAAAAUCAUGGUACCUCAUGAUCUCCGCACCCUACUUCAUCAAUCUACACACACAACACGCACUCCUCUCCCCCAAAAUGAUGCUCCUCCGCCGCUACUCCAAGCUCAUCCACACCGACGUCUACUCCGUUCACGCCGCCGCCGAAUUCGACGACGCCGGGAUCGAAAUCGAGUAUCCAUUCCGCGACCGCGUCCGCUUCUACUACCGAAUCGUCGGCUGUUUCAACGGCGUCGUUUGCCUCCUCGACGACCAGUUCGGCCAGCCCGAUGCCGUCGCGAUCCAGCUCUGGAAUCCGGCGAUCCGGCGGAAAUUGACGCUGCCGCCGCCUCCGUCUUCCAUCAAUGAGGAUCCGAGCAUGUCUAUGGUUGCUCUCGGCUUCGGAUUCGAUGCGGAAAGAAGCGAUUACAAGGUUGUGAGAAUCUCCUAUCUUUACGGCGACUGUGAGUAUCUUCUCCCGCCGCGGGUUGAGGUUUAUGCCUUGAGCAGCGGGAGAUGGCACACAGUUGAAGGUGAAAUCCCCCACAACUGCGUGGUGGAGUAUUUCUGGUCUCAGGUUUUCACCCAUGGCAAUGUGCACUGGGUUGCUUACAAGACUCUCGGGAAAAACGGUAAACGCGAGAAUUUGAUCAUGUCGUUCGAUGUGAGCCGGGAGGUGUUCGAUGAAAUGCCACUUCCGGAGCCUCUCGUGAAUGAGGUCCCGCUCAAUCUAGGAGCGGUUGAUCUCGGUGGGGUCCUCGCCGUCGUUCAGUACGAUGAGCGGGUGUGUGGCAUGCGGUGCUCCAUUUGGGCGAUGAGGGUGUACGGCGACGUGGGGUCGUGGAGUAUGGACUACGUGAUUAGUCUCGACUGCGGGAUUGGGAGGGUUGUUGGUGCUAAACAAAACGGUGACGUAUUAUUGGCCACGAGGGUCGGGACCCUCGUGGCGUAUAGUGGGGUCGAUGGGAAGUACGAGGAUCUUGGCAUAUCUGGCACUAAGGACUCGUUCUACGCGGGCACGUACAACGAGUCCCUCGUUUUGCUUGUUGAGGGGGAUGUGGCGAGACAAAGACUACCCAGUAAUAAUGAUAGCGAGAGCGAGAGGGAGAGCGAGAGCGAGAGCGAUAUGGAAUAUCAGUCUUCAAUUGAGGAUGGGGACGAGGAGGAUUGCCUCAGAGAUGUUGAGAAGAGCGAGUUUCGGAUGCAGAGUAGUAUGUAUCAGUAUCUUUCGGUUUUCUUUAGGCGUCCUUUCAUAUAGUUGGUUUAAUCUAUCCUUGUUAUUUUAUUUCAUCAUCUAAA